CAGAGAGGAAGAGAAGCUGGAAGUGAAGACAGGCAGAUGUCAUUAUGUUAGAGUGUAAGCUCUGCUGAGUAGCAAUGCAUUUCCUUUCUCUCUUUGACAAACCUUUGUUAGUAUUUUGUUGGACUGUCUUUGGUGUCUACAAUAAAGAAAACCUCACCUUAUCUGCACAGCUUCCACCUGGCUGCCCUCAGAGCCUACACAGGUCAACAGAACCUCUCUCAUGCUGUUAACAGGCAGGUUAUCUCUCCCUCUGGACUGCUGCCAUCCGACUGGCUGCAGAAUCUUCCCAGUUCUUUGGCAUUACCAUUGUCUGACUGUUUGCUAAGCAUUCAACUGCUUCUUGUCUGUCAGUGGAGUCUUCAGUUUAUCUGUAAAUUCUCUGGUGGUUUCUCAGCCUGGGAUCAUGCGAAAACCUGGACAUCUGAGAGCAACCGACUGGAAGGAUGGAAGGAGGCAUGGACGGCCAUCAGACACUCACACUAAUCAGGGUCACUUCAGUUGGGAGAAAUACUUAAAAGAAACGGGGUCCCAACCUGCACCCCCUCACUGCUUCGGGCAGUCAUGUUCACCUCCCUCCAGCGAUUAUAAAAUAGGAAUGAAGUUGGAGGCCCAAGAUCCAAGGAACACAACAUCCACUUGCAUUGCCUCUGUAGUGGGUCUCACAGGAGUCAGGCUCAGACUGCGGCUUGAUGGCAGUGACAACAAGAAUGAUUUCUGGAGACUGGUGGACUCUUCUGAGAUCCAGCCUAUUGGGACUUGUGAGAAGAGUGGGGGCAUGUUACAGCCCCCACUAGGCUUCAGGCUCAAUGCCUCCUCAUGGCCUAUGUUCCUUCUAAAGACUCUAAAUGGAGCUGAGAUGGCACCUGCCAAAAUAUUCCACAAGGAGCCACCAUCACCACCCCAGAAUUACUUUGAAAUUGGGAUGAAGUUGGAGGCUGUGGAUAGAAAGAAUCCUCAUUUUAUCUGCCCCGCUACCAUAGGAGAAGUGAGAGGCAGUGAGAUUCUUGUAACAUUUGACGGCUGGAGAGGAGCAUUUGAUUACUGGUGUCGAUAUGAUUCCCGCGAUAUCUUUCCUGUGGGAUGGUGCUCUCUUACUGGUGAUAACUUGCAGCCUCCAGGGACCAAAGUGGUCAUUCCCAAGAGCCCAUUGCCAGCUGCUGGAAUAGCCACAUCAAUGAUGAGGGGCCCAAAGAACUUGCUUCCGGUUAUUCCUGGCCGUAAGCGCAGAAAGCCAGGGAGGAAGAAGGGGCAGCUGCCAAAAGCUCUAGUCCAUCAGUUGUGCAGCCAAUCCUCUAAACUCUGUGAACCCUUUCGCUUUCCCAAGAAAAGAGGCCCCAAGCCAGGAAGUAAGAGAAAGCCUCGACUUUUGCUAAACCAGAUUCCUACAUCCCCCACCAACAGCACCCCAGAGCCAGACACCAGCACAGUUCCACAGGAUGCUGCAACCAUUCCAUGUGCCGCCAUGCAGGCACCAACAGUCUGUAUUUACCUGAACAAGAAUGGAGAUUCAGGCCCUCACCUAGAUCGUAAGAAGGUCCAACAUCUACCAGAUCAUUUUGGACCUGCACGAGCUUCUGUGGUGUUACAACAAGCAGUGCAAGCUUGCAUAGACUGUGCAUACCAUCAAAAGACUGUGUUCAGCUUCCUGAAGCAGGGCCAUGGUGGGGAAGUCAUAUCUGCUGUGUUUGAGAGGGAGCAGCACACACUAAAUCUACCAGCAGUGAACAGUAUUGGUUAUGUCCUCCGCUUUCUUGAAAAGCUUUGCCGGAACCUGCGCACUGAGAAUCUUUUUGGAAACCAACCGUUUACCCAGAAUCCUUCAUUGCAAACAGGUUCAUGUGACAGUGACCGAUAUCUGGCAGAAAGGAGUAACUGUGAGGGCAGUCUCCAUGGUCCAGGAAGAGGCUCUAAGAGAUAUCCCAGUGAAACUCCCCCCUAUAACGCCCCUUUGUGUCCCAAGUUACCAAAGAAUGAUUGCCAUGCAUCAGAGGGAGAGACAUUCAUGCUUGAUGCUGGACUCCCAGGAUCUCUGGAGCAGCAUCUGGGUACUGCAGACUCUCCGCAUAGCCCCAACACUAGCCGGGUAUCUAGGGAGUAUCGAUCUCCCUCUUAUCGAAGCGUCCACCAACCUAGCAAUAUUUCCCAGGGAACUGUGCGACGGCUGAACUCAGGAGAGUCAGAGAGGUACUCAAGUGGCCGGAGGGCACCACGUGACCCAUCCUUGUGGAACACAGAGGAUGUCAUGCAGUUUGUCAGAGAUGCUGACCCACAGCUGGGAUUCCAUGCCGAGCUUUUCCGUAAACAUGAAAUUGAUGGCAAGGCCUUGCUCCUCUUAAGAAGCGAUGUUAUGAUGAAAUACAUGGGUCUCAAGCUUGGUCCUGCCCUGAAGCUCUCUCACCACAUAGACAAACUCAAGCAAGGGAAGUUCUGACCACUACUUCUUGCUCAUAUUUGCACCCUUUAUAUACUGACGCCUAGGACUCUGCUGCCUUGGCAAGCUUCUGGAGAAUAUCCCUCCAAAGAACAUGAUGCAACAUGCCGAAAAUCCCUAUUUUGGGGGAUUUUAUUUGGCGAAUAAACACAGUUUCUAACGGAGGAGCUGUUCCUCUAAACCUAUGAACUUGUCGUAAUAUUUCACACUAGUGGGAAAGGGGGGAAACAAGGCAUUACAUUUUUGAAGGGAUGUUGGAUUAUCCUGCAUUUCGUUGUGUGCUGAAUAAAACCAAUACCUUUUGUUAUGAAAUAUAGCACUGACAGUGCACACAGCGCUGUACAUAGUAGAAUAAAUUAGGCACAAUGAAAUAUUA